ACUGCAAGACUCGCAUUCAUACGAUUCUCAACGUAUGUAAGAGGUAAGUCUGUAAUUUCUCGUGAAAAUCUAUGUUACCGUAUUAUUCGCUGAUAGUUUCAUAUUUUUAAAGAAAUCUGUAUUCAAAUCAGAAUUAGUUUUAAUUAUCUAAACUUAUUAUUUGUAACUCAUUCGAUGGAUUUAUAUGUAUAUAAACAAGUCGGGACAACUACUAGAUUUUGUAAUGUAAAAAAAACUAUUAGAUAUUUCAAUAUAUAAAAAAGGACAUGAUUAAGCAGGCAGAGUGCUGAAUAGAUAUUUUAUAUUUUCAUUUUCCCCCUAUUUCUCUGCCCGAUUUUUGUUGUUGAAGGUAGAAUUGUAGACAAAAAUGCCAAGGAUAAUGCCCUAUUGAUUGAUGAUCGAUUAAAGUAUAUCGAUUUUUUAGCUUAGCCAAAGGAAGAGACUUUUAUACAGUUGGAGCUAGACAAUAUCUUGGAAAAAAAACGUCUCCUUGGUAACGCUGCGCGAUAUACCUGAAAAAAAAAGAGCGUCUGAUUAUAUUGAGAGUUUUUGUUAUAUAGAGAAUUGAAUGGGCGAAAUAUCUAUUGAAAAGCCAAAUAUAUAUAUAUAUAUAUAUAUAUAUAUAUAUUUUGUAGGCAUAGUCACAUUGGACAGACGUGUUUGAUUAAUAACAAAUUUUUAUUAAAAUCUAUAAACUGUCGAUUCGAGAGAAAGUAGAUAAUUAAGGCUUAAAAACAUAUGUAUAUAUAUAUAUAUAUAUAUAUAUAUAUAUAUGUAUACAUCUAUAGACACAUAUGUGCAGAUACGCAUUUAUACAUAAGUAUAGGCUGAGUAUUAAUAAUGUACUGAUUAAUAUAUAGAAGAAAUAUAUCUUACUUUUAAUAAUAUGCGACUAUUAAAAAGGUGUAUAUUCACUUUGAUAUUCGCUACCUUAACUGUAUGCUUGACUACCUCUCAGAAACGUAAUAAAUCUUUAAAAGUUCUUUGUCGUAAUUUAUCUGGAUAUGUUUUAUUAUUAUGAUAUUUUUAAAUACCCGAAUACGUAAUAAUACUCAUACAUACCGUAAUACAUAACGAGGAAAUGAAUAUAAGUAUUUCCAGUCUUAAAAACUACUCUUAAUGGCGAUUAGAAUAUUCUAUGGAAUUCUUAUAAAAUAUUUAUCAUAGAAAAUGAAAUUGCUUGAAUGACAGUGUUUACGCGUGCGCUGACGAGAUAGGAAAAUACGGCUUACGAUUGUAAUUUAAUGGGACUUAAAGCACUAUUUAUUCUUAUUCCACUAUUUAAAAACGUCUAUCUAUUCAUUCCUCUUGUGCUUCUACUUCUUCCUCUAAAUAUUCUUUAUUUUUUGCAGAUAUGUCGUCUGGAGGGUGGAUGGGACCUCCCGGCUCCGUUUGCGAUCCGGAGGAUGAUCGCGUUGGCAGUGGAGGAACAACUCCCGGUCGGGACCUUCGUCAACAAAAACUAGAUGCUCAAAGGGCCCGCAUGGAGGAGGACAAAAUCAGGAAGAGAAAUCGACCAAUAGGCCAAGUAGUCAGUACGUCUGUCGCGUCAAACAAAACGAAUCGAAGUGCAAAGAAAUCUGGAAAAGGCUACGAGGCCCCACUUAUAACAGAAAACCAAAUUGGUGAAAGUCGUCCAGAACCGUACGCUUACGUGGGUCCAUACGAAGAUAAUAGAGAAAAUAACGGAGGAAGAACCGCUAUCCAAGUGGUAUCUGUUAAGGGAGUGGAAAAUAGCGAAACGAAUGACUAUGAUAUACAAGACGACGUUGACACAAUUCCAACAAUCGAAACUCAAGAUGAUUAUGAAAUAGACAAUGCGAUCGGGAAUAGAAAUAAUGCCCGAAAGCCAGAAGGAAGAAAGAAAAAAUCCAGAAGAGAAGAAAAUUCACAAAAUGGUAAUCAGAAAAGAAAUGAUAGGCAACCUAGAAAUCAAGGACCACCUUCGUACGAAAAUUUCGCACCGAAUCCUUCGGGACCAGGAAGAAGUCGUUCGAGUUAUUCGACUAAUAAAGCUCGGGAUGAAGAAGAAGAGGAUCCCCAAUAUGAAAACUCUCUUGGUAUUGAUCCAGCAGAGGAUCUAGAAAAUUUUGUAGUGCAGCCAGCUCCUCAAGGUGUCCAGAUAAAAUGUAGAAUUACUCGAGAUAAAAAAGGCGUUGAUAGGGGAAUGUAUCCAACCUAUUAUCUACAUAUGGAACGGGAUGAUGGGAAAAAGGGUGAAAAGGUAUUCUUACUGGCUGGCCGGAAACGUAAAAAGUCGGCUACUGCAAAUUACUUAAUUAGCAUUGAUCCCACGGAUUUGUCGAGAAAUGGUGAAAGUUUUAUUGGAAAACUCAGGUCAAAUCUGCUGGGUACUCAAUUUACUAUCUUUAGCAACGGAAUAAGUCCUAAAAAGGGCCAUCAACAUCCAGAUGGAUCAAAUCUACGAAAAGAAUUAGCUGCAGUUGUUUAUGAUACAAACGUCCUGGGCUUUAAAGGUCCUAGAAAAAUGUCUGUAAUAAUACCUGGCAUGAAUAUGUCGCAUGAACGAGUCGAAGUUCAACCACGUACUGAACAUGACGGUCUCGUUGAACGGUGGAAGCAUAAAAGGAUGGAAAAUUUAUUGGAAUUACAUAACAAGACACCAGUUUGGAAUGAGGACACACAAUCCUAUGUUUUAAAUUUUCACGGUCGCGUUACUCAAGCAUCCGUCAAGAACUUUCAGAUAGUACACGAUAACGAUGUCGACUACAUUGUCAUGCAAUUUGGAAGAGUAGCCGAAGACGUGUUCACUAUGGAUUAUAGCUAUCCUAUGUGCGCCUUGCAAGCCUUCGGAAUCGCCUUGUCGAGUUUCGAUAAUAAGUUGGCGUGUGAAUAAACUCUGCAUGGACUCGUUUUUAUUUUCAAAAAUCAAAUAUUUUUUAAAAAAUAAUUUGAAGAAUUCGCGUUUAUGCAAAAGAACUGUAAAAAUGAUAUUGCACGUUCACGCAAGCAGCAUUUUUGAAGGGUUUGUGUAUUAUUUUUGUUUCUUUUGCUUUUUAAUUGUCUCCAAACAUUUUAUGCAUACAUUUUAUAUGUAUAUAUAUAUAUAUAUAUAUAUAUGGAACUAUAUAUAUACAAUAUUUAAUGUAAAUUACUUUUUCUCUUUUUUCUAUUCUUAUCUUUCUCUACUUUCCCCAAUCUCUAUUUCCUUUCAUCCCUUUUCACUAUACCAUUCCUCCUUCUUUCCAUUUGCAUUAUUCCUAACAACAACUCUUGAAAGAAAAUUAAUAAAGAUAUUUUAUCAGCAUUCCUUAAAUGCCCUUCGAAAAAACUGCAUUUACGAGAAAUGAUUGUUGUUUUCUGUAUCCGUCCACACUGUAUUUGUCUGUGUGAUUUCUAAAGUAUUUUAUUUUAUUAUGUUUUUUAUUUUAAAUAUUUGUUUCUGUCUCACUUACUAAUGAAUUUUAAGUUAUUUGCACUUAAACGUAUUCUUUUUUUUUCCAAUGUCAAGUAUUGUUAAAUUGAUUAACCCGCUACUAAUAAAAACAUACACUAUGGAUAAUUGGAAUUAAUACCGAAGAUAUAACUACGUUGACCCAUCUAUAGAAGAUAUAAAUUUAUAAUAUAUAUUAGCGAUAUACUUGAAUACUAAAAACAGUACACCUACAUUCUAUUUAAUGCAGUUUUUACUGAACAAAGUUAUCUUUAAACUUUUAUUCAUAUAUUUAAUACGAAAUAUUCAUAGGGACUCGACUGUGUUCUACUUAAGGGACUAUGUUAGCACUUAUUUUACAACUUAAAAUAUAUUCUAUUUCUUUAAUAGAAACAACACAAAGGAGAUUUUCUUCUCAUUUUGUUCUUUUAUUAUUACAUAAACUAUACUGGUUUAAGAAGCACCCGUUGUAGUGUAUAGAAAAUAAUCAGCUUAUUAUAACCACCAAGUAUAAAAUUGAUAUAUAGGAAACAACCAGUUCCCUUACAUAUAAUAUUUAUAAGUGUGUACUGUAAACACUAUAUAUAUAUAUACAUUAUUAUAUAUACUAGUAUACACAUCAAAUAUAUGACCUAUACUUCUAUAGAAUUAUGCACAUAUAAUUGUUAGUGUUGUCUUUCCGAG